AUCUACUUGUCUGUUAAUAAGAGUUAAAUUUUCAGAGCAGACAGCACUUAUCAGAGAGACUAGAAACCCCCCAAAACCCCACCAGGGAUUUUGGUUUCAUUUCAUCUAAACCUUGUCAAGUAAAUCAAGCCUGUCCCACAAGUCUUGGUAUUUAACCUUCUAAAUAAAAAUUGGAUCUAUUAGAGAGAAAAAGGUAAGUUAUGAUUAACUGAAAAACUAAAUUUUAUUUCCAUAAAACACUGCACUUUUGCCUCAUUUACUAUGCGCAGAGGCAUGCAUAUGCAAAUUGACCCCGCCUCUAACCCCACCCAUCACUCCGCUACUCACCUGCAACUCUGAUCUGCUCGUCAUGUACAUAAAAACUCUGCUACUUUUUGUUUUACAGGCACUUUAUGGGAGCAGGUACUGUCACCUGCAGGUUAACAGUCUUAACACCAUGAGGCUUGAAUUAGAAUUACUAUAAUACGUUGUUUUGUUAACAGCCAUCAGCGCCUGCUUGUAGUCUAUUCCCUACACUGCUGUGUGCCAGGAUAAGAGUCAUGUGUUGAGCCAGCUGCUACCACAUCUGUCAGUUAGAGUCACAUAUGACUUGGACAUUUAUUAAAUGCAUGUGCUUUCUAUUUACAUAAAAUGGUUUUCAGGUGGAACCCUUAUUGCAACAUGAGCGCUGUGAAUCCAUUUGGGAAACUGGACAUUGCUGCAAAUUGCCUUUUGAUGUGGGCCUGUUCUCCCACAGUGAACGGGAACUUGAUGAAUCAGCAACUCAUUUUAAUAAUCCCAUCCAGAACUGCAGCCGCUGGUGUUUCCUGUGAGUGGGCGAGGCGCAGUGACAGCUGCCGCGGAGCUCCGAGCUUCUUCUGUUUGUUUUUAUUCACACGGAUGGAAAAGGAAAGAAAUCGAUUUUAAACCAAAGUCCAGAAAAAAGAAAAGAAGAAGAAGAAAAAGUUUGAUCAAUCCUGUGAAAGAAGAUUUUAUUUUUAAACUUUCAGUAGGGGAAGAAAGCGGAAAAACAACCCGGCUGCCGCUCGGUCUCCUGCAGGAUGUGAGAGAAGCACAACAGAAAACUCUCCCACAGCGACGCAGAGAUCUGAGCAGGAACAAGUUUAAAGAUCGCCAGACGAGACUCGGCUGCAGACAAAACAUGGCGCUGUUCUUCUCCGGAGCCGUUACAAGUUCACCCAUAAAACGGAGGUUGCGGGCAAAUCACUCCUGUCAGAGCCUCGACCUGUCUCUCCUCUCCCCUGACUCCUCCUACGUCUGCUACUCGUCGGCGGAUGGCGGUGACCCCAGCUGCUGCCGGCGCUCGCCGCGCCUCCUCACCAACGGGUACUACAGCGUCACCGAGGACAGCUUCACCUGGGACGACGACGGAAAUGUGUCGCUGACGCCCUGCAAGACCAACGUGUCCUACAAGGAGAACCUGGUCAGGGUUUUCCGGCGCAGGCGGAGGCCUCGCAGCUCCCUGGCUCGCCUCCUGAGCGAUGUCACAGAGACCUGCCAGUCGUGGCUGGAUGAGAAAGUCUUCAGGGGCGUGUUCAGGACGGGAAAGCACCACAACUGGGACCAAGACCAGGACCAGGACAAGGACCAGGAUAAGGACCUGGACAGAGAAUAUGAGAGGGAUCCUGUUUGGGCGAAGAGCAGUCAGCAGCACCGGGCCCCGCUGGACGAGUCCUCCUGGUCUGGACUCUGCAGCACCGAGCUGGAGGACAGCCGCAGCUUCACAUAUGACCCAACAGAGAUCCCGCCCCCUCCUGACAAAGUGUCCCCGCCCCCAAAGAUGCUGAUCCAGGAAGAGAUUUGCUCUGAGAUCUGUCAGUCAAAGGAGCGGUUCACCCAGUCACUGGGUGGACUCUCAGAAGUCCCGCCUCCCUCUCCUUUCUACACCAACACCUGCUGCUGUCAGGCCUCACCUGAGCACACAGCAGCUGCAGUUUGUCCUGUGUUGAAACCAGUGGGCGGGGUUCGAGGGUUAACGAUGAAGGCCUUUCUCCUUUUCAUCUUCACCAUCUUCAUCUUCUCGGCUCUUUAUUCAGGGUGUCUGAGGUGGAGCUCGACUGUGACAUCCAUUGUGUUCAUGAUGGUGUCAACAUUUAUGUUCCUGACAAAGUCGGGGCCAAUGGGCGAGUGGAGGAGGGCGAAGACGGAGGACAUCACAUCAAGAAAUGAGUAAAAGAAGAGAAGAUGAGUGACAUGAGCAACUGGAGGAGAGAAAGAGGAAAAAGUCUGAUGGAAACUCAGCGGAAAUAUUUUACAUUUCACCAACCGUUUGCAUGUAAGUUGCACUUAAAGGACCAAGUUAUACUGAGCUCCGGAAAACAUUUUACAGCAGCACCUGUUUGACUGCAAAACUUCGACUGAAUUUGAAUGUAAAUCUUUGUGUGUUUUGUUCUCUGAGCUGAAGGGCUGCACUUCUUUGUAUAUUUGUAUAUACAAAGAAGUAUAUUUUGUAUAUUUGACCUUUAAAUCUAAAGAAAAAAAUUCUGGGGAAAAUCCAGCAUGGUGUUGCAACCAAACAAACUUUUGUAUAUUAUGUCAACACAGCACUCAAACUGAGAACUUUUCACCAGCAUCAUGUUUGGAUUUUCCCAGCGAAGAAAACAGUUUGUUUCUGAUAAAAUGCUGAAGGAACUCUUUAACAUGGUGACACAAGUUACCGUAGUUUAGCCAUGAAAGAUGAAUAAUUUCCAUAUCAAAUACAAAACAUCCAAAUAUACGUGACAUAUAUUUAAAAGACUAAGUGUAUCUUCUGGUUAGUAGCUGAACUUGGCUUUUUUUGAGCUGUCCACAGUGACCAAACGUCUGAUGUUCAGCGUUUGAGAACAAAUUCAGGUCCAGCAGCAAAAAAAAAAAAAAUUUAAAUAACAGCUGUGACUUUUUCUAAAAAAAACAAAAAACAAACCAAAUGCACAAAACACCUGAAGUUCACAUUGAUCUACCUGGCGUCUCUAAUUGAAGGGGUUAAGUGCCAUUUUUUUCCUGAGGAAACUGAAUGAAGAGUUUUACACCAAAAUGACAGAGACAAUAAAAAACAGACACAACACAAGAUAUUUUUUAAAAAUAAUGUUGGUGUUGGUACAUUAAAGCUGCACCGGGUCAGAUUUUAAUGCGACUUUGACCAGAGAGGGAAGGAUGACUUCUGACUGCUGGACUCAGUUACAUCCAUCCAGACACAUGUCGUUGUUUCAUUCACUCUGAUGAAUUCAUACUGAUAGUUAAAACUGAUUAGGUAUCGUUAAUCUCGUCAGUUAAAGCGUCACAUGUGCUUCAGUAUCAGCUGUUCUCCCGAUUUCAUGUUUGAGUUUUAUGUCCUUUAAUCUUAAAACAGCUUGAAAUGUCAGAAAUAACAUUAGCAGGAAAACAUAAAGCAAACGAUUUGAGUCAUGAAGAAAAAUAUAAAACUUAGUUUUUCUAAUGUUCCCUUGUGCAGCUUUAACAGUAUCAUGUAAAUCUUAGAUCAACUUGUUCUCUGCAGCGUUUUGUGGUAAAACUCUGUUAAGUGCCUAAUAAUACAGAAUAAUACAGGGAAGUGUUAGAUUUGAACCUGAAAUGCUGCUGAAACAUUAAACAGACCAGCUCCAGUGGUUAAUGGGGAUAUUUGAUUUCAUCUGCCUACUGGAGCAGCUGGGUGGAGUUAGUAUGUCAGAGGAAAUACAUUUUCAAAUACAGUGGACUGUGGAGAAGUCAGUGGCUGGUUUUAUAAAAACAGACUGAAAAGGAGUUUUAAUAAGAACAGACACAUGACAUGUGACUGGUUUCUCUUUGAUUUUAAAGAAUCUAAAGCUUCCUGGCUGGCUGCUGGCUGCAAUGCUCUCUGGGAUUUUGUGUUGUUGUGGUUUGAAGGGAAUUGACUCCAUCACAGUGUUAAAAUGGGUCCAACCAAGCAUUAACCUCUGGGACUGAAUGCUAAAAACUGCAGUUCCUCUAAUGACCACUAGAGUCUGGCUCCAACAGUGAGUCAAUCCCCAUUGACUCCCAUGUUAAAAUGUCCAACUUUACAGCAGAAAGAAACAUGUUUACAGCCUGGUACAAAAACAGUUUUGGUCUCUAGAGCUAAUUUCCUCCUUCGUGACACCUGUUUAUAUAAUUCACCUCUUUACAUUUCAUGAAGACUUAAAGUUAUGGAGACUUCAGGAUGCCCCACCUCUUUGGGAUUUUUGGAUUAGCUGGGAGUUAAGGGUGGAGUCAGGCACUGCCAAGAUGGUGAUGGUGGAGCAGCUCACUCUGAGCUUCAGAAACCUAUGGGUGAUGUCACUGAGGCUAUGUCCAUCUUUAUUUGCUGUCUGUGGGUCCAACACACUUAGACCAUUCACUGUCUAGUCCCAUGUUUCCAUGACAUGGUACAGACUCUACUUGCUUUUGGUACCAGGUUCUUCCUUGUUUGGUACCAGGUUGUUCUUUGUAACUAUAGUGACAGUGCACAAACGUAUUAUGACAUCAUCCUCAACGCGACACACACAUGAACAAUAGAGGAUAUAGAAGGGAACCCAAAUGUUUCCGCUUCCUCGUUGACCAUAGCGUGGUUUUGGUUGCUUUACUAAAGGGAUAGAACAGUAACAGGCAGAACGUCUCAUCUCGCACAAUGAUGACUCCGUAAUGACGAUUCUGUCUGACCAAUCAGUAGUCUGCAGUGUUUUUACCUCAGCUUGCCUGGAACCUCGGUGGGAGGUGAUACCAAAAAAAAGUAGCAGGUACCAGGUUCUAUCCACAAGUUUUGCCUGAUGGAAAACCAAAGAAAGUGAGUUGAGUCGGUACCCUGCAGAGGAACAGGGCUCUGUGGGAGAAGUGAAACCACAUGCUGUCUGAUAUGAUCCCAUCUACUUCUCAGCCCCUGUUGAACUUUUCUCAGCCUCUGACUGCACAGUUUUUCUCCAGGAUCUCGCUGUCUUUGUUCGUGCAUCUGUGGCGGUUUUAAAAUCCACGUGUGAACACAGCCUCCACCCAGCUGGCAUCACAGGCAGGAAGAAAUAUCAUCACCUAUUCACAGCUCCUGUAUAAGUCAGGUCUGCUUCUGUGUGAAGGUUAACUCUUCUUCACACAUUUUACAGGGAUUUCUGAAGGAGCAAUAAGAUAAAGGAAACCAGACAGUUGAGUUUCAUGGGAGAACAUUUAGGAUUUCUGUAACAAAAUCAGGGAGUUUAUCUUGGUUUGAACAGUUUGUAUAGAUUAUGUUACCACUCUGUGACUCCUGAAGGACGAACAAAGAAAAUCGAAGUGUUGCAGGAAGCUGGACUAAACAAAUGUAAAGAAAAUCUUGUACUGUUACGGCUUUAUAAGGUUUUGACUUUAUAAAGUUGUUAAAAUUCAAUCAUGUUUGGGCCUCAAACUACGCCAAGACUUUUAGCAAACUUUGAAAAACAAAGAGAUGAGCUGUGUCGUUUUUAGCGACGGCACAAAUCAACUCUUCCUGUGUGAAACUUAAAUGUUUUCAUGUGUUUUUGUGUAACAAACUUUGACCAGAUAAGUCUUCAUGUUCCAGAUUGUCUGAAGGGAUUAGAAUAAGUACAAAUGUGUCUGUUCAAACAGUUGUGAUAAUCAUGCUGUGUUUAUGUCGUAUGGAAAUUAAUCUAAAGUACCAGAUCCAAACUUAAAUAAAUACUUAACUACUGUUCAUCAACAAGUCAAGUAUUUUUAAUUACAGCCAGGAAAAUUCAAUUUUUCUGUUAGCAAUUUUGGGCUUAAUAAUACAGCAGUGCUUGAUAAGUCAAACAAACACAGACGCCUCAUCAAUUGAAAUCGUUAGACGAAAGAAUAACGACAAAAGAAUAUUUUUACACGACCAACUCUGCCGUCACUUAACUGCGAAUUUUCUGUUGAUGUGAAUCCCUGAAAGUCAUAAACUUUUCCAUCUCAUGUGACCUGAACGCAGCAUAUGAUAUAGAACAUGAAGGGUUAAAGGUUGAGGUCACACCAGAAUUGAUGCGGCAAACCGCUAACAUGCUAGCAACCCAGGAACACGGUAGCACCAAGCUUCUUUAUAUUUCAUAUUUUAUAUUUCACCUUGGUGCAAAACGUAAUUCCACUGAAAAUGAAUUGACUUUGCUGUAGAAAAUUUACAUAAUAAAUUCUGGUGUGACUGAGCUUUUAAAACAGAAAUUUCUCUCUUUCUGUGUAAAUCAAGACUUUCUGAAUCGUGUUUAUUCACUUAAAGUGCCAAAUGUUUUGAAAUCUGAUGAUUCAGGAAAGGUUACGUCACCAAUACUUCAUCAAUGAACACAUAUAAAUCUAUAUUACUAAUAUUUUUAAUACUGCUCUGCAUGACUUUGUAUUACUUUGCAUUUAAAGCUGCACCUAUAAAUAUAUUUAUAUUAACGACAGAUCAAAUUACUCUGUGUAAUGUGAAAGGUGUUGCUCAUAGUUUUGAACCCACUGAGAAUCAACACCGCAAAACUUUUUAGCCUCUUUUAGCUCUUAGUUUUGGUUUUACAGCCAAAAUAUGAGCCAGGUAUUUUUUUCACAGGAGCUGGUGGAGACCAAAAACUGAGGGAGUACUGGACAGGUGGCACAAACAUGGCUCCAGAUGAAUGGUCAUGUUGCUCUGUAGCUGCUAACAUGUUAUUGGUAGCUCGUUGUGCUGCCCCCUGGUGGCCAAAGCCAAGAAAUGCAGCUUUAAAUGAUCAAAGUUAAACGUGGAUCAAGUUUGGCCUUUUUUUUUUUUUUUUUUUUUACAUUUAAAAACUUUUCUUGAUGUUGUAAAAUAUUGAAUUUAAUGCAAAAGACAAAUAAGAAGAAGUUCCUUUGAUAAAAAUCAACAUUUAACAUGAAUCGCACCUUUAGAUGCUCCUGUUGUGUGUGAAGCAGUUACUGUACAUGGUGUUAAUGAUGUUGUACAUAGAUUUUUUUUAUUUAUCAUUGACUGCACUUGUUUCCAAAAGUGGAAAUGUGAUACUCUGCUUGUGACAGCACUUAUCUGUCCUGUACUGUAUUCAUGUCCUUAAAGUCUGGUUCAACAGCUGUUCAGAAAACUGCAAAAUUAAGCCUUAAAUGAGAUGCCAACCAGAUUUCAAAUUUUAUAUCAAUAAAUCUGAUGUAUUUGCUUCCAAAACGACACUUGAAGGAGCAGUGUGGAUCGCUGAGUCUCCGUCAGUAAAAUGGUUUAAAUGAACAAAAAGAAAUUCAGUGAUUUGGAUGAUGGGUAGUUUCCCAUUUCGGCCUUUUGGUGGCGCUGUGUUUAAGAUUUAAUUUUUACAGUAUUUGGCAUAUUGACAGAGUGAGACUUAAAGUGAAUGUUUAUCGUCCAUUAAACCCUGUUAUAAAGA